CAUCUCUUCGUCUCCCUCGUUGCCUCUCCCCUGUCUCUUUUGCUCUCGAAUUUCUUGCCGGAACACGGCCGGCGAGGCGAAGUUCGCCGGAGAACCGGAACGGUGGUUCUCUGCUGCUAGUUUUCAGAGGUUCUGCUCCAAGUUUGAAGUUUGAAUUCAGGGUUGGAGUUUGAACUCGUGUUGAAUUACAAAGCUUCUGCUUCGUGAUCGCGCUCGUGGGGAGAAGCAGAGCAGUAGCCUCUGAUGGUCACGGCCUGACCAGGCGCGAGGUAGGAUUUAGCCUAGAGCUAACGAUGGAGACAACGGAGGCUUCGCCGGCCGCGGCCGCGCAGCCCGUGCCGCCGCCGCCGCCGGCGGCAAGCUCUCAGCCGGCGGCGCCGGCUCCUGCUGCUGUGGCGGCGCCGGCGGGAGCUGGGAGAGGAGAGGGGAAGAGGAAGAGAGGGAGGCCGAGGAAGUACGGGCCGGACGGGAGCCUGCUGCGGCCGCUGAAUGCGACGCCGAUCUCGGCGUCGGUGCCGGACGACGAGGGCGGGGCGCGGUACACGCCGGCGGCGGCCGUGGGGGCCGUCAUGAAGCGGGGCAGGGGGCGCCCGGUGGGGUUCGUCAGCCGCGUAGCGCCGGUAUCGGUGGCGGUGACGGCCGCUGCGCCCACCGCGGCGGUGAUCGUGUCGUCGCCGGCGCCGCAGACGCAGCUCGGGCCGCUCGGUGAAUUGGUAGCUUGUGCUUCUGGUGCAAACUUUACACCUCAUAUGAUUAAUGUUGCUGCUGGUGAGGAUGUCAAUAUGAAGGUCAUAUCUUUCGCCCAACAAGGUCCAAGGGCAAUUUGCAUUCUAUCUGCCAAUGGCUUGAUUUCUAAUGUUACACUGCGUCAGCCGGAUUCUUUAGGUGGUACAGUGGCUUACGAGGGCCGAUUUGAGCUGCUCUCGUUGUCUGGAUCUUUCACUCCAACCGAUAGCGGUGGCACCAGAAGCCGCUCCGGUGGAAUGAGCGUCUCCUUAGCGGCCGCCGACGGCCGUGUCAUCGGAGGCGGAGUCGCCGGCCUCCUUGUGGCUGCCAGUCCUGUUCAGGUUGUGGUGGGAAGCUUCCUUCCAAGCUACCAGCUGGAUCAGAACGCCAAGAAGCCGGUCGUUGAGAUCACGACAGUGCCGCCGGCGGCGGCUGUGGCGACCGUCGGCUUCACGAUUUCCAGCGGGGACAUGGAGGACUCAUACAGCGGCAGUCAACCGCGAUCUGCGACGGCGAAAGGGAACUCCGCAUCCGCGUUCCGGGUGGAGAACUGGACGGCGCCUGAUGAGGCCAGGAAGACGCCUCCGCCGGCGUCGGAGGCCAAAGUCGCCGUGCCGGGAGGGUGAGGGCAGGGUGGGAGGAGCCUGCUCGACCGGCAAUGUCCAGAUCGUCCGGUCCUGCAAUGUGCAGGGAAUUCCGCCAUGUCAUCAGUAGAAAUGCGCCCACCAUUUUCUUCCAUUAUUCCAGCUCGUGGAUUGAUUUACUUGUCCUUAAUUGUCAGGCAGGAACUCUAGCUUAAUCGUGCUGCUAGCUCUUGAUUAGGCGACUGUGCCCUUAAACGUGCAGGCCGUAGAGCUAGCCGCAGUGAAUUGGUUCCGGCACUGGUGUUGACAUUUUUCCAGAUCAUAUGAUAUCCAUGUCAAAUUGAUGAUGUAGCUAGCUUCCUUGUUGCGAGUAGUAAUCUUUGUUAAUUCUGC